UUUCAAGUUGGUUACUUUUGCCUUCAUUCUUAUGGGACACGGACCUUAUUUAUUGCGGUUGUGCCCUUCUUCCUGAUUACCUGUAAGAUGGGCUUGCUCACUCCUCCCCUCUCUCACGGUUGCCUGGCUGUUACAGCAUUGCCCGCUCGCCAAAAACCUCCCCCUCUCUGUUCGUGACGAGACCCAGCAAUCACCCCCGUAAAACACGCAAGCGAUUAACACUCAAACCAUGUCUGCAGGACCCAUUCCUGAAAUCUCUGCUAGCGGUCCUCCUCACCCCGAAUUGUAUUUUCUCGCAGGUAGUUCAAUUGACGGCACAGGCGCAGCUAGUCUGGGAAAGCCAGAUCUCCUGGUGAGUCCGGCCAUGGAUCACGCAAGCUCAAACGAUGAUGGGCUCGCCACAAACACGAACCACUCGCGCAUGCACAAUCGUAAUCGCUCCAGUGUCGAUGGAACCAAAUACAAGGAUGGACAAUGGUCGCCUGAAAAUGAGAGAAUUGUCAUGGGGCCGUACGACUAUAUGCUACAGCACCCCGGCAAGGACAUACGGCGGCAGCUUAUCAACGCCUUCAAUAUGUGGUUGAAGGUACCUCCGGAGAGCCUUUCAAUCAUCACAAAGGUGGUGGCCAUGCUUCAUACUGCAUCGUUACUGAUCGAUGAUGUCGAAGAUAACUCCAUUUUGCGACGAGGUAUCCCAGUAGCCCAUAACAUAUACGGCACCGCGCAGACCAUCAACUCUGCGAAUUAUGUAUAUUUCCUCGCUCUGCAAGAGGUGCAGAAGUUGAACAACCCCGCUGCGAUCGACAUCUACGUUCAAGAGUUAUUGAACCUACACCGCGGUCAAGGAAUGGAUCUCUUCUGGCGAGACACCUUGACUUGCCCCAGCGAGGACGAGUAUCUGGAGAUGGUCGGUAACAAAACUGGUGGUUUGUUCCGACUUGCAGUGAAAUUAAUGCAGGCCGAAAGUAGCUCCGGCAAGGAUUGCGUGAGCCUCGUCAACGUCAUGGGUCUGAUUUUCCAAAUCUGCGACGACUACCUCAACCUGUCCAACACUACCUACACCAAGAACAAAGGUCUCUGUGAAGACCUCACGGAGGGAAAGUUCUCUUUUCCCAUCAUCCAUAGUAUCCGCUCCAACCCCGGAAACCAUCAGCUCCUCAGCAUUCUCAAGCAAAAGACGAAAGAUGAAGAAGUCAAACUGUAUGCAGUUAGUUACAUGGAGAGCACUGGCAGUUUCGCGCACACGCGGGACGUGGUCCGAGAAUUGCGAGCCAAAGCACUGACCCUAAUCCAAGCGAUCGAUGGUGAUCAAGCAGAUGGACGUGAGGACGGCGCCAUGGUCCGGGCGAUCCUCAACAAGAUCACCGAAUCGACACUGGGGGAGUGUGGUCCCCAGUAAGUUCGGCGGACGAUGAUCAAGCGUCCAUGCUCGGAGGUUAUUCGCCGCCAUCCCUGGUUGGCUGGUUGGUGGAUUGCAUGGGACCUCGUAUUUAUGCAGGAUGUUAAAACGUG